AUGUUAUGGGAUGUUACUACCAAAUUCAACCAGCCGCAACUGGCGGCACUGGCGGGGCACGCACAGCUUGUGAUCGAUGUGAGUUGGGCGGAGGAUAGCGCUACACUUAUAUCAGGUAGUUAUGAUCACUCCGUUAAGCUGUGGGAUGUCGAGAAGAGCGAACUUGUGACCAGCAAGGUGGUGGAUGGACUUGUGCAAUGCGUAUCAUACAAUAUGGCAGAGAAUAACCAGUUCUUUUUUGGCACCAGCAAGUGCUUUUUACAUAUGGCAGAUGCGCGAUCCGAGGUGUGCCGCACAUGGACUAACGAUGCUAUGGUUAACGCACUACAUGUUGCUCAUGAUGGUCUUACAGUUACUACAGGUGACAGCAAGGGUAUGCUAAAAACGUGGGACGUUCGGAUGGAUGCGUGUCUUGAAGAGUUGACAGUGCUUAACGACCCAGCUGGACACGCUAUCUCGCAUGUACACGCGUCACCUGCUAAUGACGGUGGCGAUGACGGUCGUUUUCUGGGUGUAAAUAGCUACGACAAUAUUCUGCGCGUGUAUGACCGACGUUCAAAGCUUAUUAGCUCUCGUACCACUAGACGCGGUCCUAAUGGUGGAAGUAACCGCUACGACAGCGACCAACUGGAAUUGGUGUGCUCUGUUUCCGGUCAUAAAAACAGAAACUGGCCGAUCAAGAGCUCAUUCUUCCGCGGCGACGGAUAUAAGUACAAGCUGGCACUUCCACCAAGGGGUUGGCUACAAGGAGGUUUUGGUGCUAGUUCUGGUUCAGUCUCGCGUCGUGAACUCACGGAUGCGGUUAGAGAAGACUUUGCUGACACAAGCGGUGAGCACGGAUCCAUGGACGCCUCGCGCGAAAUGUUGCUUCUGGCAACUGGUAGCGCUGACCGUCACAUUUACUUGCACGAAAUGUUACCGCCUAAUAACGCAAACAACGAAGAUUGA